UGUGUUCGGGUGGCUCCGUGAAUAACAGACGCUCCUCCAUUUUGCAUAGUUACGCGUGUGUGUUGAAGGCUCCUCUGCUCCUGCGAUCGGUAUCACACCGUGAAGAACGUUUUCCCUGCAAUGGACGGCAUUGCAAGUGAUGUUGCAGUUGGUGUGAAGAGAAGCUCAGAUGAAUUGCUGUCUGGCAGUCUGUACAACAGUCCAAACUCUUCAGUCACUGCUAAUGGAAGUGACAGUAAGAAACUGAGGGUGGAGGACAGCAUGGACAGCCCACCAUCCAGAGUCAUUCAUAUCCGGAAACUCCCCAAUGAGGUUUCCGAGACUGAGGUCAUCGCCCUGGGUUUGCCCUUUGGAAAGGUCACUAAUAUCCUGAUGCUUAAAGGCAAAAAUCAGGCAUUUUUGGAACUAGGAACAGAGGAAGCAGCUGUUACCAUGGUGAACUACUACACAGCUGUUACACCUCAAGUGCGUAAUGUCCCAGUGUUCAUUCAGUACUCCAACCACAAAGAGCUCAAGACUGACAGUGCGCUCAACCAGCGAGCUCAGGCUGUGCUACAGGCGGUGUCCGCAGUCCAGGAGGGUGGCUCUCCAAGCUCGGCGGCUGGCGAGAGUGUGUUAACGCCUGCCCCCAGCCCAGUACUGCGAAUAAUCAUCGACAACAUGUUCUACCCAGUCACCCUGGACGUCCUCCAACAGAUCUUCUCCAAGUUUGGGACCGUCAUGAAGAUAAUCACAUUUACCAAAAAUAAUCAGUUCCAGGCUCUUCUGCAGUUCAGUGACCCAGUAAAUGCCCAGCAGGCCAAACUGUCCUUGGAUGGCCAGAACAUAUACAACUCCUGCUGCACUUUGCGCAUCGACUUCUCCAAGCUGGUCAACCUGAACGUAAAAUACAACAACGACAAAAGCCGGGAUUACACCCGGCCCGAGCUGCCCGCAGGAGACGGUCAACCGCCCGUGGACCCGUCUGUGGCCGCCACUCUCAGCAAAGAUUCCACCUCCCUGCUCGGUACUCCCUCUGGAAUGGUAACUUCCUACUCUAGUGGUGGAGGGUUUCCAUCUUCUCUAGGGGCCAUCAGCCCUCUGAGUGCAGCAGCGGCAGCGGCAGCAGCAGCAGGGAGGGUGGCGUUGUCUGGACAUUCGGGACCUGGAGGAGUGCUCCUGGUCAGCAACCUCAACGAGGAGAUGGUUACGCCCCAAAGUCUGUUUACCCUCUUCGGUGUCUACGGUGACGUGCAGCGCGUGAAGAUCCUUUACAAUAAGAAGGACAGUGCUCUAAUCCAGAUGUCUGAUGGAAACCAAGCUCAGUUAGCCAUGAGCCAUCUGAACGGGCAGAAGAUGUAUGGCAAGAUCAUUCGUGUGACCCUCUCCAAGCACCAGACAGUACAGCUGCCCAGGGAGGGUUUAGAUGAUCAGGGCCUGACCAAGGACUUCACCAGUUCUCCUCUGCAUCGCUUCAAGAAGCCUGGGUCCAAGAACUUCCAGAACAUCUUCCCCCCCUCAGCAACUCUCCAUCUCUCUAACAUACCUGAGAAUGUGACAGAGGAGGAUUUACGACUACUCUUCUCAAAUUCCGGCGGUACAGUGAAAGCGUUCAAGUUUUUCCAAGAUCGCAAAAUGGCUCUGCUGCAGAUGUCCACGGUGGAGGAGGCGAUUCAGGCACUCAUUGACCUUCACAACUACGACAUGGGCCGUGGCCACCGCCUGAGAGUCUCCUUCUCAAAGUCCACCAUCUGAGGAUCCCCUGGUGCUAUGCCAUCUUUCCUCUCUCUCCCCCAGGAGCCUCAAGUCGAAUUCAUUUUUACCAGUCAUUCCUUAACAUCAUAUCAAGAACUUCAAUGAGAAUGGCCCUUAAAGGAACACUCGCUCUGUAUCUGCUCCUACUAUUGUUUGUGUAUGGCCAGCUGUUACUCUGUUUUAGGAUGGAUUGACAAAAAUGUGCCUUACUUAGCAAAAUAGCAUCAUCCCUUUGCUCCCGUUGUUACACAUUAUAGAGGUUUAGGCACAUUACGUGUGAUGAUACAGAAAACGUAACCUUGCUUUGUUGUUUUGAUGGGUUUUGAAAGUGAUAGUUUUCACUCUUGCUCAAUGUGGCCUCACCUUGUCAUUUUUCAAAACCAAUUCAAUUCAAGCUUUGAAAGCUAGUCGGCUUGCUUUGAUUCAAAGGCAAAAGCUCAUUUUUUUAUGAUCUAUUGAAUUGAAUCUGAACACGAGUAACUGAAUUUGAUGGAACAUACUCCAAGUUGUAAAUUAUCUUGUGCAUUUGUUUUAUUUUGGGCUGUAGUGUUUUUUUUUUUCUUUGAUCAGGCACCCAAGGUACUUUUUGUGAUUGAAACCUGUGGUAAACAAAACACUGACAGUGGGGAGCGCAGUGUGUGACGUAUAGUACCUGCUUUGAUAUUUCUCAUUCACUUUUGCGUCAGUGAAUUCUGUUACCCAUUUUUUUAGAUGAAAAUCAGAGCAUGUGCUGAUGGAUCUCGGCAGUUGCAUGUGUCAGAUUGACCAUGUUUGAUGUUGUGAUGUCACAUUAAUGUAGGGACUGUUGGGACCAAAGUAAAUGUGCCUUUAGUCUUACUUUAUUCUGCAUUGUACAAAUGUUUUAUUCAACCUCUGGAAUAUUUUUAUCAAUGGAGAAAAAAAAAAAAAAUCAGACUUUCCAGCUGACAUCACUCAUAUAAAUGAUCCUUAAUUGUCCUUGAUUGUGGUUGUAUGAGAAUCGUUCACUGAUUCUACUGAAAAAUGACGUUUUGUUUGUGGUCUAGGCCUGGGAAACAAAGGGGAGGAGGGUGUUCUGUACAUUUUCUACAUGAAUUGAGUUUUUACAUCUUUAGGAAUGUAAAGUCCAGUAUAGAAGUGGCACAAUUAAAGGUUCUUUUUUCUACCAAGCUCGUGCUUGACGGUCCCUGUGUGGUGUAGUGCUUUUAUCCUGUAGCAUGCUGAAUAAACUCUUCUCGCUCUGCAUUCA